GCGUCCCUCGCCGCCGCUCUCCGCCUGCAGACCUUAAACACGAACGUGGCCAAGAACGUGGUGCUGUUCCUGGGAGACGGGAUGGGCGUCUCCACGGUAACCACGGCCCGGAUCCUGAAGGGACAAAAGGCGGGAAACCCGGGAGAGGAGACCGUGUUGGCCAUGGACUCUCUACCGUACACCGCCAUGUCGAAGACGUACAACAUCGACCUACAGGUUCCAGACUCAGCUGCAUGUGCCACGGCGUUCCUCUGUGGCGUCAAGACCAACCAAGGACUGGUCGGACUGGACGGGCGAGCGACGUCUAAAAACUGCAGUUCCGCCAAGGGUCACGAGGUGGCGUCCAUUCUCGAGCACGCCGAGAGAGCAGGAAAGUCGACAGGAAUCGUCACCACCGCCCGGGUGACCCACGCCACGCCGGCGGCGGCCCACUCCGCCGCACGCGGCUGGGAGGCCGACAGCGACCUGACCGCCGAGGCCCGGGACAACAAUUUCACCGACAUCGCCUAUCAACUGGUGGAGGAAGCGCCCGAUAUAGAGGUGAUAUUGGGAGGAGGCCGUCGGGCCUUUCUAACAAACAACAUGGCGGACCCUGAAGACGGGACGAGGGGACACAGGACCGACAGCAGGGAUCUGACCCGGCGAUGGCUGGACAGAAAACCCGGCCCGGCCCGGUACGUCUGGAACCAGACGGAAUUCAACAGCGUGGAUCCGGAGUCAGUGGAUUAUCUCGUCGGUCUGUUUGAACCAAACCACAUGCGGUACUCCGUAGACAGGACUAACGACACGGCAGGGGAGCCCAGUCUCGCUGACAUGACCGGGAAGGCGAUACAAAUCCUGCAGAAGAACCAGAAUGGAUUCUUCCUGCUGGUGGAGGGAGGUCGGAUUGACCACGCCCACCACUCAUCCAAGGCGGUCAAAGCUCUAGAGGACACCGUGGCACUUGAUGACGCUGUACAGGUAAGGAGAGAACUGCGGAUUUAG